AAGUGAAAACUAUUUUGUUUGUCAUUCCUUCUAUAUACGUAGAUUCAAACAUUCGAACUUGUAAUAGGUACUUUUACGCAAAAUGUCUUACAAAAGCAAUAAAGGAAUACAAAAGGAAUGAAGGUGGGGUGUGUGGUGGAGUCAAGGUUUCACAAUUAGUCAUGGUGUGACUGAAUCAGACGAGUACGUCACCUGAAAUAUUUUCAAAAUACACAUCAACGUGCAUUUCACAACUUUUUGGGAUGCGCUGGGACACGAGUACUCUGAAAAACUUUGGCUGCUUGAUCCACUACUGUUCUAAACACUUUAUAUUGCCAUCCUCGCUGCCACUUCUAACAUGUUUCUAACUUUAUCAUAAAUAACAGUUUAAAAUGCACACUUUCAGCUUCUAAAAAUACCACGAUAAACUCUGACAAUGGUAGAGUUUUUUGGAAAAAGUCAUUCUCAAAAGAAAAGAAGAAUAAUUAGGGGAUUUGAUCUUGACUUUGAAUUGAUUUGAAGGAGUUUGAAUUACUUUUGUACUCAGUAACAAUCCUUCCUGGCAGCUCAAACCAAUAAAGUGUUUCUACCCAUAGAACUGUCACUCAUUCAAUGUUUUUUAUUUUUCACACCAUUCUGUGUAAACUCUAGAGACUGCUGUGUGUGAAAAUCCCAGGAAAUCAGCAGUUUCUGAAAUACUCAAACCAGCCAAUCUGGCACCAGCAACCAUGCAACCAACCAAGUCACCGAGAUCACAUUUUUUCCCUAUUUGGAUGUUUGAUGUGAAAAUUACCUGAAGCUCUUGACCUGUAUCUGCAUUAUUUUUUGCAUUGUGCUGCUGCCACAUGAUUGGCUGAUCAGAUAACUGCAUGAAAGUGCAGGUGUACAGGUGUUCCUAAUAAAGUGGACGGUGAGUGUGUAAAGGACGGGCUCUCGAGUGGCACAACAUAAAAGCAUUUGACCUAUUUAGGAUCAAAAGGAUUAGGGUUUAGGAUCCAAAGUGCUUACGUUGGCAUAACUUAAAUGUUGAAACAACUUGUCAACUGAGUUUAAACAACUUCUUUCUGAGGUGAAUGAAAUUCAGUGGAAACUCAGAGCCUGCCGUUUUUGUUUUGACAGUAAUCCGUGUCUACAAUCAGGAGAUUGUGAAUUUGAAUCUAGACAAUGCCUGUUGUCAGGAAUCUAGAGACCAAGUGAGAGAGAUCCGAUGUCAAUUACAUUGAAAUUAGCCAUUUGUGGGCAUUGGUGAGCUCAUAUAUGCAGAAGAGGGCAGAUAGCGUUUUCCUCCGAGUGUGUUCCGAUGCACUGUGAUGGAGCAGGUCGAAAAGAUGGGUUUGUUGGCUUCACAUGUCUCUGAAGAAGCACAUGAUAGUCUUUAUCUUCCCUGGAUGUUUACUGUCAUGUGAAAGAGGAGAGCAGGCUGGUUGAUCAAAUGGGAAAAAAAAGGUUAAAACACAGUAUUGAUAGUGACAAACUAAACACGAGCUACUUCAAUUCCAUAACUGACUGACUGUACAAACUGUGUGUGCUGUACACCAUGAUUUUAUUAGCAUAUGUUUUAUCACAUGUGUACUGCAUGUGCUUGACUAUAUGUGAACACCCAACUCUAUAUAUUAAACACAUCCUGUUGGCAGCAGGAGCACUUGUGUGCUCGCAGAGGUCACAGUCUGAUAAGAAAGUUGAUAAGCAUGUCAACAGUCCCUGAACACCCUCACAGCAGAAUAAUCGUGUUCACGCAUUGCUUAAUAUGCUUUUACCAACAUGAAGGUUCUUCAGUGCUAUUCCCGGAAAAUAAACCAGCAGCCAGUGUUGUGACGGAGGCUGAAAGUAAAGCAACAAUCAAUUUGUAUUUAUUAAAUAGUAACACAAUGUACAUUUAAUUUGUUUAUAGUUGCAUUAAAUGUUAUCAUUUAUGUUAUAGCAGCUCUAAACAAUCAGAUUUUAACACUGACUGUUACAAAGUGAUAACACUGGAGGCUCCUUUCAUAAAUAUUAAAUAAUAGCCUUAAAGAAAACUUAACCAUAUCAGCGAAUAUACAUUUUCUUUGUUAAAUAACAACAUUUUUUUAUCAGUUUAUUGUUAGCCUUAGAUUACAUGGAGCAUCUGAACAGUAGUAAUGUUUGUAAUGGGUUCUCCGAAGGUUAGGCUAGAAUGUUACGAAAAUAUCGUGCUGCGAUGUCUUGAAAACGUGACGUAAUACCAGUCUGCUUCACAGUCUUAGGAUGUUUUUCUUUCAAUGAGCCUCAUUUAUCAAUCUUUUACUAAAAAUAUGUGUAAAUGCUUGCAUAAGCCAAACCAAACUAAACAUUUCCAGGAGAUAUACAAGUUUCAGAAAUGCUGAUUUUCUUUGUACUCGUGUGCAUAUGGUGAUGAAUGCUAAUCACCUGUACAUUACCAGGCAUGUGUACGGCACAGCUGAUUUGCAUUUGGUGACGCCCACAAGACUCCAUAAAAGGCAAAGCUCACAGAGUGAAAGGCAAAAAUAGACUUUCUCAGAGGUAGAAGUUAAAGUUAUUCUGACUCGUGUCUAUGCCAAUUAGUACUGGCUAAAAUAAAGUGUUGCACAGCAUUAAAAGAAGUUGUGGUGAACAGAACUGACUUACACACCACCUGAGCUUGUCCUCCUUUUACACACUGGCAUCCUUAAUUGAAUGACUGAUCUUAUUUGUCUUAAUUUAUGGAUUUAUGUAGCCUUCCUUUCUUAAUAUUUUUUUAGUUAAUGCCAUUAAUAUGAAACAACUGGGUCUCACAAAAGUUUCAUUAAAUUUCUUUGUGUAUCUAAAGAUACACAAGGUGUUUAAACUUGACAGCAUAAUCCAUAUAUCAAAGUGCUGUAACUCUUCAUGUUUUAUAUGAGUUGAAGCAGUCAAGUUUUACAUUAGUUAAUCUUCUUAUGCAUAAAUUCAUACACACUUAGGAGCACAAGUAAGAUACAAACUUUUUUCCAAAAUUAAGGGAUUUUCAUGAAUAACAAAUUUCUUGUGUAAAUGCUCCUAUAAUUUAUGAAUAAAUCUGUUCGUAUCCAGCUUGACAAAUGAGGACCAUUUAGUAAACUGGAAAGGUGUUAACAUUCUUACAUCUAAAACUGUAGCAGCAAUUCUUUGGACAUGUUUUUCACUGUUACAGAAAACAUUUGCAAGAAUCAAAGAAACUCCUGUAGGGAGAGGCUGGGUUUAGCCUAAUUAUUAUAUUAUUAUUAUCAAUUUAUUGUUUUAAUGGUAACAUGUUUUUCACAAAAACAGAUUACAUGCCAUAUUGUCCCAUUGUUAAUAUAAUUACGAUUUCAUAAUAGAAUUAGAUUCCUUCCAGUGUAAGUUAUAAAAAAAUCCAUUCACUUGAUAAUCAGAUAGGGCUGAUACUGAUUUCCGAGGAAAGCAAUGAACUCACACAGCAAGCCCAAACACAUCAGAAGUGGAGAUGGAUUUCAACACUCCAUUCAGUAAUAAAAUAUGGGGCAGAGUUCCUUCACUGCUUCCUGCCUUCAUCUGAACACAAAGCACAUAGCAGGACAGUAGGACAGAGUUGAGCGCAGUGAUCCAGCCAUGGAUCUUAGCAGCCCACAAGACAACUCAUUAGGAUUCUCCUCCACCAUCUUCGUCUGCCUGUAUUUAUUGGUCUUCGUGGCUGGUCUGUUCCUGAACUCCAUGGCUAUGUGGGUGUUCUUCCAGAUCCGCACGCAGAAGCGAACCUUCAUGCUGUACCUGCGCAACAUGGUGGUGGCUGACCUCCUUAUGACUCUCACGCUACCAGUCAACGUGCUUAUUGAGGCCAAAGUGGCACCUUUGUGCCUUCAAGUCGUGUCGUGCAAAUACACAGCCGUGCUCUUCUACUGCUGCAUGUACACCAGCAUCCUCUUCCUCGGAUUGGUGGCGCUGGAUCGCUACUUAAAGAUCGUGAGGCCGUUCGGUGGAAAGUGUGGCGCUUGUCUUUACAGUUACUCAUUCACUGUAGCCAUGGCUGUUAUGGUGUGGUUUUCGAUGAUGGCUCUUUCGCUUCCCAAUACAAUACUGACCAAUCAGACUAUACCAGAGAACCUGAAUAACUGUGCAGAGCUAAAGAGUAAUCUAGGUAUAAAAUGGCACGGAGUGGUGAUCUACAUCAACAUACUGAUCUUCUUCCUAGUCCUGAUUACUCUGCUCACCUGCUACUUAGCCAUCUACAGACACAUCCAUCGAUCCUCUGCCCAGUUUGUUAUAGUCGGAGAGACAACUCCGCAUAAGGCCAAGAAAGGGCAGAAUAUUCUUAUCUUACUGGUUGUGUUUUUUAUCUGCUUCGUGCCUUAUCAUUUAUGUAGGAUCCCAUUCACCAAAAGCCAGACUGAUGGCGUUCAGAUGGAUUCUACAUUGCUGAAUGGGAAAAAAGCAACCCUCUUGAUGUCUAUGUGCAAUGUGUGUCUGGACCCUAUCAUUUACUUUCUCAUGUGCAAGUCUUUUAGAAGCAAGCUAUUUCAUACACUGGGAUUCUGGACAAUCAGUGAGAAACUGUCCAUAUACUCUUCGACAUCUGCAAGGAAAACACCAGUAGUGAUGAUCUUUAAGGAAAGCCCACCUUGAUAAGGAAAAUCAGUGCUGUGUGGACAUAAAGUUUAUAUGUAAAUUAUGGCAGCGGAUAAAUCUUGCAAAUGUAUACACUCUCACCAGUAACUUUAAGAGGCUCAGUUAAAGAAACUGGACAGUUAAAGACCAGCUGAUGUUUUUCCAAUCUUCAGUUGUCCAGUUUCAGUGAGCCUGUAGCCUCAGAUUCUUGUUCUUGGUUAACAGGAGUGGAACACAAUGUGGUCUUCUGCUGUUGAAGCCCAUCUGUCUCAAAUUUCAAUAUAUGCAUUCUGAGAUGCUUUUCUGCUCGCCAUGGUUGUGAAUAGUGGUUAUUUGACAUAAUGUAGCAUUCUGUCAGCUCAAAAUAGUCUGGCCAUUCUCUGACCUCUCUUAUGAACAAGUCGUUUUUGCACCAUUCUGUGUGAACUCUAGAGACUGUUGUGUGUGAAAAUCCCAGGAGAUCAACGGCUUUUAAAAUACUACCUAAAACGACCAUGCCAUGCUCUCUCAGGUCACAUUUGUUUUCCCCAUUUUGAUGCUUGAUGUGAACAUUAUGUGAAGCUCCUCACCUGUAUCUGUAUGAUUUCAUGCAUUAUGCUGCUUCUACUUGAUUGGCUGAUUAGAGAAUUGCAUGAAUGUGCAGGUGUACAGAUGGUCAGUAAGUGUACAUAAACUGUGUAUAUGCCUGUAUAUAUGCUAUUUCAUAUUAGCAGAAAUGUAUAUAUUCUGAUUAUUGGCUUAUCACUGUUUACAAUGGAUUUUUUUAUAUUAAAAAAUAACUUAGAGUCUAACCACUGUUCUUUGUAGUUUACAAUAUAAAACCGAAGAUUCUACAUUUGGGUACAUAAAGCUCAUCUCUUUUUAUAUGACUCUGUAUGACAAAAAUUGUUUAAAUGAGCACCAUAUAAUGAUAAACUACUGUUGUGAAAUCUUGUGGAAUGACUAUAAAGAAUAUUCUUUGAUUAAAACUACUUUUAACAUUG